CACACACACACACACACACACACACACACACACACACACACACACAGUAUACCUGCACAUUGUAAAGAUAGUAUUGGCACUGACCCUGUAUAUAGCUUACUUACUUACUUACUUACUUGUGAUUUUUUGAUCUACUUUACUUUAUAGUACUACUGAUAUUGAUUAAUGCAUUGUUGGGAAAGAGUUCGCCAAGAAAGGCAUUUCACUGUACUUGUUCACGUGACACUAUAACUUGAAACUUGAAACACACACACACAGUCACACCAGCCAGCUGAAUCUCACAAGCCUUUAUUCUAGAACACACUGCGCGAUCCCAUUUUAUACGAAGGCAAACGAGUGACAUCUCACGACACACAGAGACACCAUCGUUUUAGGGCUUAACCUUCCUCCUAUCUUCCCCAUAUCUCACACUCAGGUGUGAAAUUGCCCUCAAACACAAAGACAGAAUCAAACCAUGUCAAACGGCUGGGGGAAGGAGGAGAGAUCUGACGUUGGAAAUCCCUGUGGUUUUCCGAGCAAGGAGGAAUGAGGAAUAAGUUUAGCUAAUUAGCGUGUCGGUUCAGCCGCCCAGGGAAAUGACUCCACUUGAACCCAUCACUAGUCUUCUGCUACAGUCAGAGAAUAGUUUCCCUGGCAUUGAAAUUGUUUUUAUUAGCUUGUCUUGGCUCUGCUUACGUUUGCAAAAUUCUGGUAAAUUUCCCAAAAUUGCCAGGUUUUCCAGAAAUCCUGGUUGGAAGAUUUCCGGAAUCAGGAGGGAAUAAGAAGGAAUCCUCCAAACACUCUUUCUGGUAAACAUGGGAAUUCUGGGAAAGUUUGUGGAAUUUUGCAACACUAAAUCUGUUAGAAUGUCUGUUUUCUACCACUACUUAGUUGUUGAAAAGUCUAUUAUAAAAGUCUAGGGUUGGAAAGUUAUAGGAACUAAACUUAAGCAAUACCUACAAUAAACUGUAUUUGGUUGUACUUUUAUAUGAACAGCUGCUGUUUUUAUAAUGUGUAUGGUAAUAUAAUUCAUACAUCAUUUAUUGUCACCCUGCCAUUUUAAAACUAAAGAUGGCUACUGUAAUAUCCAUCCAAAAGCACAAACAACCUAAACUAACUGGUUCAAAGUCCCCAUUUCAAAGCACAAUAUCUAAUGGUGGUUAAUAUUUGACCAGCUGUAUUGGAAACUGAUCUUUUCCACAAGUCUUUUCAAGUCCAGAGUGGCCCCAAAACUUUCCCUUCCUUUUUCUGUUUCGUUGAUUUAAAGGCAACGGUCAGUCAUUUUAUUGGCAAAGUGCUCCACAUCUUACUUAGCCUCUUAUAGAAGUUUGUUUGGAUUGUAAAUUGUGUUCAGAAGGUGGCAUUAAAAUUCACAUUCCUGCACACACACCCUGAGAGGAGACGGGGAGGGAGGAGUGAGUGUGAGUGUGUAUGAGGAGAGCUGGACAGGCCGUAGGAAAACAGAGCGAGGGGCAGACUUAGCAGGCUAAUGCACACACACUCUGAGAGGAGACGGGGAGGGAGGAGUGAAUGUGUGUGUAUGAGGAGAGCUGGACAGGCAGUAGGAAAACAGAGCGAGGGGCAGACUUAGCAGGCUAAUGCACACAAGUGCAAGUGAACACAAGCCACACACAUGCUGCACACUCUAGCACCAAUGUGUAUCACAGACAGACAGACAGAAAAUGAACAUGAUCACACACACAAGCACACAUUCAGGUCUAAGGAUUUCACUGAACGUUAUUUGUAAUUAAUUUAUGCUGUCAUCUGAUUGGUGUUUGGCUGUGUGUGCAACAUGCAACAUGACUCACCCUCACCCUCUUCCUCAUUCCACCCUCAGCUUCAUUUGGUCUUAAAUUUCCACCUUCACUUCUUUGACUCGUUCAACAACAUUAAAGUACCUUACCUUGUUUAGACAAGUGAAAAGGAAAGUCUGUCAGACACUUCAGAGCUAGAAACCUGCUACGUGAGGCGACUGGAAAAGUAGUGAACAUUUCUAAAUCAUGGGCAAACUGUCUGUCCUUUUAUUUGUUCAUUCGUUUUCCACCAUUGUCAACUCAGGUUCAGGAUCACAUUCUCUGUGGGUACUUGCAACAUAUAUAAGCGGAGAGACGCCUUUCCCUGAGUUUACAGUUGUGGUGAUGUUGGAUGAUGUUCAAGUGGCUUACUAUGACUCCAACAUAAAACACUUCAUCUACAGGGUAAAUAACACCCCUAACAAAAUACAUGAUAACGAAGCUCAGGACGGAGCUUAUAUACUUGGAAUGAUGUACAACAACAUGAAAGAGAGAUCAUUUAACCUAAAGCACCACUUCAACCUCACAAAAGGUGUUCAAGUUCAGCAAAGAAUGUCUGGCUGUGAGAUUUUGGACAAUGGUGAACCGGUCAUGUUCAUGGUAAAGGACACUUUCAAUGCCAUCUAUACAGAUCAAAUGGUAUAUUACAACAUGACACAUUUUAUAUAUGAUGCUGGGAAACUACUACUAGGAUGGGAUGGGAUGAGGCGAGCAUUUGAAAGAGUACUAUUUGAGAAUGUUCACCUUCCCAUUUGCAUCAGAACACUGAAGACAAUUCUGAAGAGAGAGAAGAACAUUGUGAUGCGUAAAGUUCCUCCCAGACUCAGGUUGAUAAAGAAAGAGGUUUCUGGAGGGCUCCAGGUGAGCUGCCUGGCGUUUGGUUUCUACCCCCGCCACAUCAACCUGACCCUGCUGAGAGACGGCCAGCCAGUGGCAGAACAGGAGCUGACAGGGGGGGAGCUGCUGCCUAGUGGAGAUGGGACCUACCAGCUGAGGAAGAGUCUGGAGGUCAGUACUGAGGAGCUAAAGAAGAGACACGACUACACCUGUACUGCCUCUCACCUCAGUCUGGGCAACAAGCUGGAUGUCAGUUGGGAGUCUGGGGCAGAGAGAGUUCACCUAUCCACCCUCUCAGUUCUACUGGUGAUGCUGCUGAUUGUUAUUCUAUUGGGCAUUUUCAUUUGCGUCAAAAGGAGGAGGAGUAACACUGCCUCCCAACAUUAGAUUUCCUAAACCUGCUUGGCGCAUUUGUCCAUGUAAAAGCCAUAAACAUAACUGACCUACAUUUCAUUACCGAUGU